CUGAGACGGCCCCACUGCAGGCUGAGACGGCCCCACUGCAGGCUGAGACGAGCUCAUCAGUCCAGGGUGGGACGGGCACAACUGUCCAAUCUACUAUGGGCCCAACAGUCCAGGGUGAGACAGCCUCCUUCCAAGGUGAGCCAGGCACAACUGUUCAGUCUAUGACAGGCUCAACAGUCCAGGGCGAGAUGGCCUCAUUCCAAGGUGAGUCGGGCCCACUCCAAGGUGAGAUGGGCACAACAGUCCAAAGUGAGGCAUCCUCUCCGGUCCAGGGUGAGACUGUCCAGGGCGAGGUGGCCCCAUCUGGCCUGGAUGAGAUGGCCCCACUGCCCGGUGAGACGGGCUUACCAGUCCAGGGUGAGAUGACACCAUUGCAGGGGGAAGCAGCCCUAGGUGAAGGUGAGACGGCCCCAGGAGAAGGUGAGGUGGCCCUAGGAGAAGGUGAGGCGGCCCCAGGAGAAGGUGAGGCGGCCCCAGGUGAACAUGUGACAGCUCCACCUGGCCAGAAUGUGACAGCCUCACUCCAGGAUGUGAUAGCCCCUGUCCCGGGUGAGACAGCCCAAGCAGGUUUGGAGUCAUCAUCUGAGACCUCCCAGCCAUCACAUGCCAAGAGUAUGCUGCAGGGCCCUCUCUUUGGGCUACUGAUCUGCUCCUCUAUAGCCCUGAUAGCAGCCCUGGGUGUCAGGCGACUUUACUGAAGAACGGCGAAAGCUAAAUCAAAUGCUCAGCGUUGACAACCAAUAGAGCUUCUAAGCACCCAAAGAAAAGGGCUUCAGACUUGGGGAAGAAUUAAAUACGUGUCUUAUUGUCUAAGUAUCUGACUCACUCCUCUGGACUGAUGCAUACUUUGGGUUCUCUGAGAGGCGAGAACUAGAGAUGGGCUCCUGCCUCAAGGAGGAGGGUGUGGAUCCUGGGACCCAUGAGUUCUGGUGGAGGGGAACUACGGACUGUAAUAUAAUUCCAGAAUCAAGAAAUAAGGCAGGGCCUACUCUCAGAUCUCCUCCCCCAGGCCUGGUCUCCUCACAGGACGCCCCCUCCCAGCUCUUCCUGCCGGGUUUCCUUUUGCCUUUUCCUGUCCCCCACCCAGUGCCGGGAGCUGGGACAUAGGCAAAGCCUUUUCAAAAGCGGAGGCAUCGGGACCAAACGGCAGGCCGACAGACCCAGGCCCUCCGGGUGCUGCCGGACCUGCAAAAGGGCCAUGCUAUCUGGUGAAAGGAAGGAGGGCGGAAGCCCCCGCUUUGGAAAGCUUCAUCUCCCUGUGGGCCUGUGGAUCAAUUCCCCCCGGAAGCAGCUGGCCAAGCUGGGGCGGCGUUGGCCCAGCGCUGCCUCUGUCAAGUCUUCGUCUUCCGACACGGGGAGCCGUAGCAGCGAGCCGCUGCCCCCGCCCCCGCCGCACGUGGAACUGCGGCGAGUGGGCGCGGUGAAAGCGGCGGGGGGAGCCUCGGGGAGCCGCGCCAAGCGCAUCUCUCAGCUCUUCCGGGGUUCGGGGACCGGGACCACCGGAUCUGGCGGCGCUGGAGGACCCGGGGCUCCAGGGGGCGCGCAGCGCUGGGCCAGCGAGAAGAAGCUGCCAGAAUUGGCAGCGGGCGUGGCCCCGGAACCUCCUUUGGCGUCCCGCGCCACUGCGCCCCCGGGGGUCCUAAAGAUCUUUGGUGCGGGCUUGACGUCGGGUGCCAACUAUAAGAGUGUGCUGGCCACGGCGCGCUCCACAGCGCGGGAGCUGGUGGCUGAAGCGCUGGAGCGCUAUGGGCUGGCCAGCAGCCCCGGCAGCGGCCCUGGCGACAGCAGCGGCGUGGACGCCUUCGCGCUGUGCGACGCGCUGGGCCGACCAGCCACCGCCGGCAUGAGCAGCGGCGAGUGGCAGGCGGAGCACCUGCGCGUGCUGGGCGACUCGGAGCGCCCACUGCUGGUGCAGGAGCUGUGGCGGGCGCGGCCCGGCUGGGCGCGGCGAUUCGAGCUGCGCGGCCGCGAGGAGGCGCGCCGCCUGGAGCAGGAGGCCUUCGGGGCCGCGGACAGCGACGGCACCGGCGCCCCCUCGUGGCGGCCACAGAAGAAUCGCUCCCGUGCAGCUUCUGGUGGGGCCGCACUGGCCAGUCCUGGUCCUGGGUCUGGAUCUGGGGUCCCCGCUGGAUCUGGGGGCAAAGAACGCUCGGAGAACUUGUCCUUACGGCGCAGUGUGUCAGAGCUGAGCCUGCAGGGUCGGAGAAGGCGGCAGCAGGAACGCAGGCAGCAGGCACUUAGCAUGGCCCCAGGGGCAGCUGAUACCCAAAUAGUACCUGCAGACCCCGGGGAUUUUGAUCAGUUGACUCAGUGCCUCAUCCAGGCCCCCAGCAAUCGCCCCUACUUUCUACUGCUCCAGGGCUAUCAGGAUGCCCAGGACUUUGUGGUGUAUGUCAUGACAAGGGAGCAACACGUUUUUGGCAGAGGCGGGACCUCCUCAUCCCGCUGCGGGUCCCCGGGCCCAUACGUGGACACUUUCCUCAAUGCCCCUGACAUACUGCCACGCCACUGCACAGUUCGUGCGGGCCCUGAGCCCCCAGCCAUGGUGCGCCCCUCCCGUGGAGCUCCGGUUAUGCACAACGGGUGUCUUCUGCUGAGAGAGGCCGAGCUGCACCCAGGUGACCUGCUAGGGCUGGGCGAGCACUUCCUGUUCAUGUACAAGGACCCCCGCACCGGGGGUUCUGGGCCGGCCAGACCCCCCUGGCUUCCUGCGCGUCCCGGGGCCACACCCCCAGGCCCCGGCUGGGCCUUCUCCUGCCGUUUGUGCGGCCGCGGUCUGCAAGAGCGUGGGGAGGCGCUGGCCGCUUACCUGGACGGCCGGGAGCCGGUCCUGCGUUUCCGACCUCGCGAGGAGGAAGCACUGCUGGGAGAGAUCGUGCGGACAGCGGCCUCUGGAGCGGGAGACCUGCCACCGCUGGGGCCUGCCACGCUGCUGGCGCUCUGCGUGCAGCACUCGGCCCGAGAGCUGGAGCUGGGCCACCUACCGCGCCUGCUGGGCCGCCUCGCCAGGCUCAUCAAGGAGGCCGUCUGGGAAAAAAUUAAGGAAAUUGGAGACCGUCAGCCAGAGAACCACCCUGAGGGGAUCCCCGAAGUGCCCCUGACUCCAGAGGCUGUAUCUGUGGAGCUGCGGCCACUCAUGCUGUGGAUGGCCAACACCACUGAGCUGCUGAGCUUUGUGCAGGAGAAGGUGCUGGAAAUGGAGAAGGAGGCCGACCAGGAGGGUCUAUCCUCAGACCCACAGCUCUGCAAUGACUUGGAAUUAUGUGACGAGGCCAUGGCCCUCCUGGAUGAGGUCAUCAUGUGUACCUUCCAGCAGUCUGUUUACUACCUCACCAAGACUCUUUAUUCAACACUGCCUGCUCUCCUGGAUAGCAACCCCUUCACAGCUGGUGCCGAUCUGCCUGGGCCUGGUGCAGAGCUGGGGGCCAUGCCUCCAGGGUUGAGACCUACACUGGGCGUGUUCCAGGCAGCCUUGGAAUUGACCAGCCAGUGUGAGCUGCAUCCAGAUCUUGUGUCUCAGACUUUUGGCUACUUGUUUUUCUUCUCCAAUGCAUCCCUUCUCAACUCACUGAUGGAACGAGGUCAAGGCCGACCUUUCUAUCAGUGGUCCCGAGCUGUUCAAAUCCGAACCAACCUAGAUCUUGUCUUGGACUGGCUUCAGGGGGCUGGGCUAGGUGACAUUGCCACCGAGUUCUUCCGGAAACUCUCCAUUGCUGUGAACCUGCUCUGUGUGCCCCGCACCUCCCUGCUUAAGGCUUCAUGGAGCAGCCUACGAACUGACCACUCCACCCUGACACCUGCUCAGCUCCACCAUCUGCUUAGCCACUACCAGCUGGGUCCUGGCCGCGGGCCACCACCUGCCUGGGACCCUCCCCCAGCAGAGCAGGAUGCUGUGGAUACAGGCGACAUCUUCGAAAGCUUCUCCUCUCACCCGCCCCUCAUCCUGCCCCUGGGCAGCUCACGCCUGCGCCUCACGGGCCCAGUGACCGACGACGCCCUGCACCGUGAACUGCGCAGGCUCCGUCGCCUCCUGUGGGAUCUUGAGCAGCAGGAGUUGCCAGCCAAUCACCGCCACGGACCUCCCGUAGCCUCGCCUCCCUGAAGACCAAUAGCAAAGAAGCGCGCGAACCUUGAAAAUUCUUGGGCUUCUACUCACGGGAGACCGACUGAACGAAGAGCUUUCUGGGAGUUGUAGUUCCCGUCCCCGCGCGGAAAGCUGGGAGUUUGAAUUUUGGGGUAGUAGCAGGAUGAGACUGGGGAGGGGGAGCGGGGGCGGGAAAUGGGUUUGGGAUGAUAGUGCCAAGGAGCAAUAAAUGUAUCUGUGACUUUA